AUGAGUGAGGCCAUCGCCUCCUUACAGGCACGAGUGGAAAGCGCCGAAAGCAGAGCCGGCUGGCAGCUGAUCACAGCUGGUUCCCAGGGAAAGAUAAGACCUAUCACCGCCCGCAUACAGGCCGAGAAGCGCUCACCAGAGGCCAAGCCCCUCAAGAUCGAAAAGUAUAAUGGGACCCAAGACCCAUACCACCAUUUAGAAAUCUUCCAAUCCAUACUCCACGGAACUCGACACACCGACGCCAUGGCCUGCCAUGAGUUCGAGGAAACUUUGAUGGACGAAGCCUUGCACUGGUUCCUCAACCUACCCACCAACUCCAUUGACAGUUUUCAAGAACUGGGAGACAACUUCCUGCAACGAUUCAUCCUGUGCGGCGGUGGGUAUCGCACUACACCUGACCUAUUUCGGCUCAAUCAACGACCAAACGAGCGAUUACGAGACUUUGUUCGCCGAUGGCAGAAGCAGGCCACUCAAUGCCGCUCCCUCAACCCGGCCCUAGCGGCAUCGACAUUCAAGCAAGAACUCCAGCUUGGAUACUUCUUGCUGCAGAUCAGCACCAAUCCCCCUGCAACAAAUGAUGACCUCCUUGAUGUCGCUACCGCUUUUGCUCAGGCCGAGUACGAUACCUUUGGUCGCGACACCAACGCCAAUGCACACCUGGUCACCAUACCUCAAGUGAACAACCCCGAUAUUAGGAACAAAUAUACCAACUGA